AUGCAUCUUUCCGUCACACCGAGCAACACCUUCAACUUCGACAAGACUGCCCUCUACAUCUCCAUUCUGCCGCGUAAGACGUACGGCAACAAUUGUACAGCGGGACGGAAGAUCGCCAAGGAGCGUCUGACGAUCGGAUUCCUCGUCAACGCCGAUGGCUCCCGUGUGUUCCGGCCCUUGGCGAUUUCUAUGGCGAAGCGGUCGCACGACUUCCGCCCCGACUACAACCCCGAAGAGCUUUGCUACUGGCGUCACAACGCCAAGGGAUGGAUGACCUCGUCGGUCAAUCCAUACUUUCACGUCUCUGCCGUUAGACUCAUAUUUACCGCCCGUUGUGGUCCUUGUUCAGUUGUUCACUCACUACAUCGUGCAUCUCAACGCUGCAAUGUACGCCGAGGGGCGGAACAUCGUGGUGCUCUUCGAAGGCGCGGAAGAGCUGCUCGCCAAUGCUUAGGGAACAUCGUGGUGCUCAAGACGGAGGGCGCAACGAUGGAAGAUCUCUUCGGCUUCCGCACAUGCUCGAUCGGGAAUGUCCGCCUGGUGUAUCUCCCUCCGAACACCACCUGCUUCACCCAACCCCUGGACCAAGGGCUCAUCGCCAUGGCGAAGGCGCGUACUGCGAGCAUUGGCUCCGCGCCUUCACCUCAUGUGGAAGGCGGCAACGUCGGCGCAGGCGGUAAUGCCGCCGACAUUGGCCUCGACGAGGAGGUGAAUGACGUCGGCCUCCUCAUCGACUGGCUGCGCCUUGGGUCGAGAGCAAUGGCCGUUGACGCUUUCGUCGGCAUUGACGACAACCAGCCGACCUGCACCAAACCGGGCAAGGACUCGCUCAUCAGGGAGCUGGCGACGGUUGUGUUGGGCAAAAUGUGGGAGGCACCUGCUAACAUGCAAGUUGUCUACGAUGUCAGCAACCCGGCGUCUCGCGAAGCGCUGCGCACGGUGCGCGCGGCCUGCGAGAUGCUGAUUGAUGCGCGGGCCAUGUGCAUCACCCUGUGCGACCUUUGCGCACUGUUCGACAUCCGCAACCCUACUAUAAUUGCCCGGAUGGAGCGCGCAAGCCCGCCCCUCGAUCUGAACUCCACCCCGCCCCCGGCUAUGACUCAUGCUGACACCCCGUCACCUGAGACCCCGCGUCGCCGUGGUCAGGUGCUGCCGGCGUGGAUGGCGGUGUCCACCCCUGACUGGGUGGCGCAGUCUGCCCGCCGCCAGGAGCUGAUUGACGCGGGUGCACCCGCCGUCAUUAGCGGCUACAUUGCCGCCGCGGAGUGGAUGCGAUUUUGA